UCCUUCGUCGCUCCCUCGAACGAAGCUACUUCUGCAAUAAUGCGUGGGAUUUCUGGUCAGUCGGAGCGAGCGCGAGCCCUGUGGCGGGGGUGCCUCGCGUCUGCGCUCCGGACCUCUCUCGCCUGCGCCGUCGUGGCGUGCGUCACCCUGUACGGGCCGGCCCAGCUGCGGCGCCACGUCUCGCUCCCCGCCUUCUCCUACGUGACGGUCAUCCUGGUCGUCACGGAUGCCUCCCUGGGCGACGCGCUGCGUGGGUGCUGGCUGGCGCUGUACGCGACCGCCCAGAGCAUCGGGCCCGCGAUGCUGAGCCUGUGGCUGAUAGGGCCCACGAGGCUGUCGAGCGGGACGACCGCGCUCGCGGUGGCCCUGGCGUCGUUCGUGGUGGCCCUGCCGGGGGCUACGCACGGGACGGCGAAGCGGAUAGCGCUGGGGCAGAUAGUGCUGGUGUACGUGAUCGGGUUCAUCGAGAAGGAGCGGAUCGAGGCGGUCAUGCACCCCCUCCACGUGGCUGUCAGCACGGCCGUCGGGGCCCUCGCUUGCCUGCUGGCCCUUUUGCUUCCCUUCCCUAGGACGGCCCGUCAUGAGAUAAAGGAGAACUGCCGGGCCUACACCGAGAAUGCCUCGAACAGGUUGCACCUCUUCGCCAAUGCAUUCCUCGCCGAGGACGACGCCUCCGCCCUCGCCUUCAUCUCUCGAGCCAAAUGCUUGUCCCACGACGGAAACAAACUUCUUCGAAGUAUUAAACGCUAUCAGGAAAGUGCGCUUUGGGAGAGAGUUCCGUUCACGUCCUUGAAAUCAUACCACAUGAGUCCAGGAGAAAGGUUGCAGGAGAGUUUAGAGACCCAAUUGCGUGGGAUGGACAUGGCAUUAACAAGCAUCGCUUCGUUCCCAGUUACAUUGCCUGACGCUAACGGACCGCUCAAAAAUUGCAAACUUGUUUUGGAGGAACACAUUACCCUGAUCAUGAGCCAAUCUAAGAGCUGGCUUUUCCCCGGUGAUUCUUCUUCAACCAUCCCCGAAUCGAUUUCCAAGAACAUGACUGGCUUCUUUGAGUCUCUUCGCAAAGUCCCGACCUCGCCGGAGCACUUGCCCUGCAUCUUCUUCCUCUUCUGCAUGAAACUCCUCCACAGUCAGACCCCAACAUCGACAUCACCACAAGACAAAUCUCAUCAAAAAGACGAACAGUCAACGGGCGAAGAAAGUGGGCUUUCUUUCUGUUUCACAAGAGCCUGGAACGAGUGGGGCUUCAAAAUGAGCCCCAAAAGGCUCGUCCCUGCGAUCAAGUGCUCGCUCUCGCUGGGCCUCGCGGUACUUCUUGGGCUUAUAUAUAGCAAGGAGGACGGAUAUUGGGCCGGGCUUCCGAUAGCCGUGAGCUAUUCCUCAGCCAGAGAGGCUACUUUCAAGGUGGCCAACGUCAAGGCACAGGGCACGGUACUAGGAACCGUUUAUGGAGUCUUGGGUUGCUUUCUUUUUCAGAGGUUUUUGCCCGUAAGAGUCCUGUCCCUCGUCCCUUGGUUCGUCUUCUGUAGCUUUCUUAGGAAGAGCAAAAUGUACGGCCAAGCAGGUGGCGUCUCGGCCGCGAUAGGAGCUGUGUUGAUACUGGGUAGAAAAAAGUUUGGCCCACCGAGUGAAUUCGCCAUCGCAAGGAUCGUCGAGACCUUCAUCGGGUUAUCUUGUUUAAUAGUGGUGGAACUUCUGAUGCAGCCCACGAGAGGUUCUUCUCUGGCUAAGCGUCAGCUCACUGAUUGUUUCGAGGCAUUACGGGAGUGCAUUGUCGCGGUCACAACACUGGGUGUACUGGACAACACCAAGAAGUCCAAUCUUGAAGAGACUCAAAAGAGGGUCAAGAUGAGCGUGCUUGAUCUCGGCAAGUGCAUCGAAGAAGCCGAGGUGGAGCCAAAUUUCUGGUUCAGGCCCUUUCACAGUGCUUGCUACGGUAGGCUUUUGGGGUCUCUGUCAAAGAUGGUGGACCUCCUGCACUUUUGUGGCCAUGCACUGAAGUUCCUCGAACGAGAAUCGUCAGCAGUCGGGGCCGAGGCUGCUGCUGCUUUGAAAGAGGCCCUGAAUAAGCUUCACAGCGACCUUGAACUUUUCCGGGAACUCGCGAGCACUUGGCUGAAAUUCUUCGAGGAGAUCAACUCGGUCAAAUCACCCUCGCUUCUUGAGAAGCAGCAGCUUCAAGAGACCGACGUUUCCCGUGAUAUCGAGCUGGGGAGAGCAACAAAACCUAUCGACCCGCCAAUGCCUUGUUUAGAUGAAGGUGACGUGGAGAAGAUGGUGGGCUCUUAUCUUCAGCAUUCGCGGGAGGUGCUCGACAAAAUUGGCGGCAGCGGCGAUGGUGCGGAAGCUGAGAACGCGAUCAAAAGCGAAGUGGUUCUGAGUUUGGGUGCUCUAGGAUACUGCAUGAGUAGCUUGCUGAGAGAGGUGAGAGAAAUCGAAAAGGCCAUGAAGGAACUCGUGCUCUGGGAUAAUCCUACUAGCCCAUUUGUAAGCUUGCAUGCUUUGUAAGGUUUAGGCCCUACCCUGUUGCGAGAU